AUGGCGCCCAGAGGAAGAAAAAGGAAGCCUGGAGUGAUGCGAGUGGAUGCAGCACGAGACGCCAUGAGACCUCUUGGGUUUUCAGAGCGUGUUAUCGAUGACACUAUCAAGGAUUUGCUACAGGUGUAUGGUGGUGAGGACGCGUGGCAGCUGAUCGAAGAUGGUGGAUACAGUGUACUGCUCGAGAGCUGCCUUGCAAAGCAAAACGAACAAGCAAAACAAGUGGCCGUUGAGCAAGAGGAAGAAACAUCUCAGGAAGAUGAAAUGGAGCUGGAGGAGGAGCAGGAAGAGCAUGUCGGUAGCAGCUCAACAUCAUUGGUGGGACGUGGUCCGGACACAGGAACACAGACUUGUCAGACGACUGAUGCUUCAUCGACCAUUAGCGAGGCAGUCAUGGACUCAUCACCAGCAGCUCAUCAGUCACACCAGCGUGUUGGAGGGGCCAGGAGUUCUCACUGUGGAUGGUUAAGCAGUGAAGAGGAGACGGAUCUAGAUGAGGAUGGUGAUAGUGAUGAUGAUGAGAUGAUCCAGCUGACUCCAGAACCUCUCUGUGAAGAACUUGAAGAGCUUCUUAGGAAAGUACAAGGACAGAGUAAGAGGAAGAUCCCGACGAGGUGGGACAACUAA